GAGAGAGAUAGCAGUUGAAAUCACAAGUCCGAUGGCGAUUCCUGUGAUCGAUUUCUCAAAGCUCAACGGAGAAGAAAGGGCGAAAACUUUGAGUGAGAUUGGUACUUGCUGUGAGGAGUGGGGAUUCUUUCAGUUGAUAAACCAUGGAAUAUCGGAGGAGCUUCUGGAGCGGGUGAAGAAGGUGGCAUCGGAAUGCUACCGGGUGGAAAGAGAGCCCGGUUUCAAGGACUCGAAAGCGGUCCAACUGUUGAAUGAGUUGAUGGAGAAGAAGAGUGAUGGAAGAGUUGAGGAAGCAGAUUGGGAGGAGGUUUUCCUCCUCUCUGAUCACAAUUCUGAUGAUUGGCCUUCAAAGACCCCUCAAUUCAAGGAGACAAUGAAGGAAUACAGAGAUGAGCUAAAGAAGCUUGCAAUCAAAGUGAUGGAAGUCAUGGAUGAGAAUCUAGGGCUAGAAAGGGGCUACAUCAACCGGGCCUUCAACGCCGGGGAAGACUCCACAGACGCAGCCUUCUUCGGCACCAAGGUGAGCCACUACCCCCCUUGCCCCCACCCGGACAAGGUCCAGGGCCUCCGGGCCCACACGGACGCCGGGGGGGUCAUCCUCCUCUUCCAGGACGACGAGGUUGGUGGCCUCCAGAUCCUGAAAGACGGAGCGUGGGUGGACGUUCAGCCUCUCAAGAAUGCCAUUGUCAUAAACACUGGGGACCAGAUUGAGGUGCUGAGCAAUGGGAGGUACAAGAGCGUGUGGCACCGCGUCCUCGUCCACACCCAUGGCAACCGGAGGUCGAUUGCCUCAUUCUACAACCCCUCCUACAAGGCCACCAUCCAGCCGGCGCCCGGGCUGGGCCAGGAGUUGUCAGAGGCUAAGUAUCCUAAGUUUCAGUUUGGGGAUUACAUGUCAGUUUAUGUGGAACAGAAGUUUCUGCCUAAGGAGCCAAGAUUUGAUGCUGUGAGAGCAGUUUAGGAGAUGGGAUCAAUUGGAUGGGGAGUUUAAUUUAUUGAUGUUUUGCUUCUUUUUUUCAGUUGCUUUUGUAAUUUUAUUCUAGAUAGGUGUGGUAAUUGUGUGAGAUUUGAGUCCCUAAAGCAAAGCCUCUGUUGGGAGCUAUCAUUCUGCUUGUGAAGAAGAUUGCUAAUUAAAACGUGAA